CUAUGGUUCUAUAAUUGGGGCAGUGACGCUUAAAUGAAGAGACAAGAUACGUUUGUCUGUCAUUCGGUCUCUUGAUCACAAAUCCCCAAUGUUUUGCAAUGAUGUAAAUCUUCAGGAUCGUUGAUGUCAAUAUAUACAUAACCCUAGGCCAUAUACCGCGUGGCUUAGUUUAUAAAUAAUUGGACAGCCAGCCAUGUGCCAGUAGAUUGUGAUUGGUGAUGGAAGGGAAAAGGACGAGGAGGGUGAAGCGGGAGGUCCACAGGGCCAAGACGCGGCAGCGACACAAGCCCCGGGGGGAUGGGGAGUUGUCGUCUGCCGCUAGUCAAGGGGCGCUCUGUGGGAGACUGAUGCCUCUCUCGGAAUGGCAUAUCUUUGCGGUUACAUGGGCAACCAGGAUGUGGAUAAUCUUACAGAAGGAACAGCUUUGGAUACUUCAUCCCGACGAGGUUUAUCAGUCGCUUGAAGUGGCCCAUACCGAGGUAUAUGGUUAUGGGUUCCGUCCCUACGAAUACAUGGCUCCACCACAGAGCAGCAACAGUACGGUGGAGCGCCAGGAGCAGAUGUUUGGCAUGUACAGCAUGAGGUCCUUCCUCCUACCAAAAGUCUAUAUCAUUGUGUUCCAGCUUGCCGAACUUCUGGGGACCACUGCAAAACCAUUUAUGCUUGGUCGAGUGUUCCAUGCGACCGUCGCAUCUUUCCUGCCGGUGUCCGUCUACAAAUUCACCAAGUCCUUCCUCGGAGACAAGGACGUCGCCGCAGUCAGCGCUGUCCUCACUGCCUUUUCUGUCCAUCUGGGAGUCCUAGGAACUCACACUCUAGUCAACAGUCUCUUAGCUCCAGUUUUUAUUUACUGCCUGAAAGUCAUCAUCGAUGAACUUGCCAACGCAGACGAAACGCUGUCAAGUUGUGACGACGGGCUAUCGGAAGGUGAAUUGGUGGAGCCAAAGCAACUUGUUCCCGAGAGAACGCAUUUAGAUGGAUAUCCUAAUUCCGCGCAGAGCACCUCUUUGGUGUCACGCAAUGGACAUGGAAAGAAUAGUCACAAAAAUUCUUCGAAUCCAGUAUUACCGACAGUCAAUGCCAAUGGCAGCAGUAAAGUUUCAAGUGAGGGUGAUGCGAAGUCCAAUGGCAAUACAACAACACACCUAGAGACUAAUAACAACACUGUGGACAACGGUGGCAGUGUCUUUCACCAUAGCAAGUGCAAUGGACAUUCUGUUCGCAACAAGGAUGCGAUAUCAUCAGUCAAUCUUUUAAAAACAUUGAGUGUGGGAUUCGUCCUGGGUCUCCUAACUUAUAUUAGAGUGGAUUUAAUAGUCUUCUUGGGGGUAAUGGCAUUUACAAUAAGUUUCCCGAUUCACAAAAACUUUGCCAACAAACUUAAAGUCGUACUUUACAUGAUCCCCGGAGUAGCAGCGGCAUUUGUAUUGGGCGGGGCAGACGACUUUUCAAAUUACGGCCAAUGGUUCAUAUCGCCAAGACAGUGGUUUAAAUUCAAUGUCUAUCAUAAUUUCUCCAGUGCCUUAUUUGGGGAAUUCAGCAGCGGCUUUUACGUCGAUAACUUCAUCUUACAUGGCAUCUCUACAAAAAUUCUCACCUGCCUUUGUCAACUCUUUCUAGUCAUGGCUUUGCUCCCAAUAAAGAUGUACGGAGUUCGCCAGUAUAUUUGCGGCAAGUACGUAAAGCUAUUUCUAGCAAUGGCCGUACUCUUCAUCAUCUAUUCCAUAAAAUCACACAAAGAAGUGAGAUUCCUUCAUAAUGUGAUAGUCUUAUUUAUGAUAUUAAGUGGGACAGCCAUUGUCUCUCUCUUACGCUCCCUCUACUCUCUACUCGCUGGCAGAAUUGCCCUUUAUUUAUCAAUAUUUGCUCUUGUUGCAAACUUUUUGGUGAAAUUCCCCACUCCAAAAGACCAGUCGACAGCGCAGUGGUCCUAUCUCCAGAUCUGGGAUUCGAGCUAUGCGAAUGCCUGCUUUGACUUCAUCGGUUCACAGGAUGACGUUACCGGUGUCUUCAGCGACCGAUCCAUCCACAUGACUGCCGUUUACUCCCUGUUGCACAAGGAUGUACCAUUACUUGCAAUAAAUAAGAGAGAAUUUCAAGAAUAUGACAAGAAAGCCAGGGUCAAGGUCAUCUCUUCCGACUGGUUUUUUCCGAAGAGACAACUCCAGGUCUCCGUCAUCGGACGGAUGUCCAAUUUUAUCACAAUCGAAAACGCGCCGCUGGUUGUCAAACACCUCAUAGAAAACCCGAAAUAUAACUAUUUAGUGAUUCCAAAAGAUGACCAAAUAACCGAGCAAGGUUUUGAUGAAGUAUUUUCUUCAGGGAAUAUGAAGGUUAUGAGAAGGUCAGACGACAGAAAAACAAAUGAAAACUUAAGAAAACUUGGUGAGAAAAUACCUCUCGGGACAAAUGCAACUAUUUUAGAAUAUGAAGGAAGCUGGCUUAAUACGUUAGGUUUGUACGACUUGGCCAUUAAAAGAUUGGAACUGGCUUUGAAGCUUGAUGCGAGCAGGGUCCGCAGUUAUCAGUUGUUGACCAUUUGUCUUGGCCACAUUGGUCAGCAGGCGAAAGCUGGGGUGGUGUACAGUACGUGUAGGCAGCGAUUCGGGAAAUCUUGCGACGUGCCUCAGCCGCGUGUUGUUCUCCACCAGGAUUAUGUCUUGAAGAUUUGAUAUGAUUAUGUCAUACCAGAAAUACCAAGCUGGUGGACUGCGCAGUUAGUGACUGGUUGUAUUUUAUUCAACGAUUUUCAUGUUAUUAGCUUCGAUAUGUUGUGAAAUAAAUAGGAGAGACCUAUUGGCGACUUCGUGUGAACUUAGUAAGUGCUGCCUAUAUACUCGAGUCGCUUAAAAUAGCGCACGUGUCCGGGAUGCGUAUACGCUCAAAAAGCUGAAUCAAACCCAACGCAUUCGCAAUCCCUGUUUUUGGUCCUUGACAAUCAUACGUUUUGUUUAUACAUAGUUUUGUGCUUGUUUUUGAUUGAAAUAAAUCGGUUUUCCUGA